UCAACUUAACUUACAGGCUGUUUAUUAAAGUAUUACUUCACAAAAUUGAUUAACAAACCUCAUCUGAACGCUUGAUCUCUACCAAAAUGUGAAACCUUCUGACAUCUUAAUUUACUCAAUCAUGAAGAUGAUAAGCAGUGAAAUACUCUCAUAUAAUCUGUUUUUGCUUCUUUUCUAUUCUCUAUCUGCAACUGUCAUAACUUCAGAUCAUCUGUUCACUUCCUGUCCUGCAACUGAAUCCGCUAAUUACACAGCAAACAGCCCUUUUGAACAUAAUCUCAAAGCUAUCCUCAAUUCUCUUCCUUCAAAAACAUCCAUUUCAGGCUUCUAUAACGGUUCUAUAGGUAGUAAUUCCAACAAAGUAUACGCACAAGCGCUUUGCAGAGGAGAUGUGCUGCCAUCAGACUGUAAAAGUUGUGUUCAAAAUGCAAGUUUUGAGAUUUUCAGACAGUGUCAAACAAUAGAAGCUACAAUAUGGUUUGAUUCGUGUCAAGUUCGUUACUCAUACUAUAUGUUCUUCAAUUCCAUGACUUAUGCAGGAAAGUAUAAGAAUGAAGAUGAUACAGUCAAUAAUCCUGCUGUUUCAAGUGCAGUUUUGUCGCGUCUGAUGCAUAAAUUGUCGGUUGAGGCUGCAUAUAAUUCUCCUGGAAAAAUGUUUUCUGUUGGAAAUGCAAAAGUUUCAGAGUACAUGAUUUAUGGAUUAGUGCAGUGUACAAGAGAUAUUUCUCCUAGUGAUUGUAGUAAUUGUUUGAUUCAUGCUUUUGGAGAUCUUGAUGGGUGUUGUUCUUUGCAUCAAGGUGGUACAAUUCUUAGCUUCAGCUGUAACAUGAGAUUUGAAGCAUACAGAUUUUAUAAUGCCACUGCUGUUAAGGAGAUAUUUGUAAUUCCUAUUGAGAGAAGAAGCAAAACCUGGGUGCUGAUCAUGGGAAUUGGCGUUCCAACAUUAGUUGUUAUAGUUAUUUCUGCCUUUUGUGCAGUCUAUUAUUGUAUGAGGAAGAAAGCAAAAGACAGCAAUGAGAUAAACCAAAGUGAGCUAAUGUCAGCCUUAACCAUUCCAAAAGAUGUAGUGAUCACUGAAGAAGGCAACUUAGUAAGUACAGAGGGAUUGCCAUUUAUGGAUUUAGCUACUCUCAAAGAUGCUACAGAUAACUUUUCUGGUUCAAAUUUGCUCGGACAAGGAGGGUUUGGCGCUGUCUAUGAGGGAUGUCUUCCUGAUGGAACAAAAUUGGCUGUGAAAAAGCUGGCAAGAAGAACAUCGCAAGGGGCAGAAGACUUAAAAAAUGAGAUCAUGUUGAUGGCAAAUCUACAGCACAGGAACCUUGUCAAACUAUUGGGAUGUGGAAUUGAAGGCCAAGAAAAGAUUCUAGUAUAUGAAUUAUUGCCACAUAAAAGUCUUGACUUGUAUAUAUAUGAUGCAGAAAAGCGCGCAGACCUGAACUGGGAGAUGAGAUUCAAUAUCAUUAAUGGAAUUGCUCGAGGACUUCUGUAUCUUCAUGAUGGUUCUAGGAUAAGGAUCAUUCACAGGGAUUUGAAGCCUAGUAAUAUUUUGUUGGAUCAAGAUAUGAUCGCAAAGAUUUCAGACUUUGGUAUAGCAAGGAUAUUUUGUGACGAUCAAAAUUCAGCUACUACAAAGAGAGUUGUGGGUACAUAUGGAUAUAUGGCACCAGAAUACGCGAUGGAAGGCCUGUUCUCAGUGAAAUCUGAUGUAUUCAGCUUUGGAGUCAUUGUUUUAGAGAUCAUUAGUGGGAUAAGAAGCAGUCGUUACUUCAAGGAUCACUCUAAGUCACUUGUUGCAUAUGCGUGGAAGCUAUGGAACGAAGGGAAAGAUUUGGACUUCGUGGACUCGUUACUUGGUGCACCAUGUUCAAUAGAAGAGGUGUUGAGAUGCCUCCAUAUCGCACUUCUUUGUGUUCAAGAGGACCCUGCAGAAAGACCUGCUAUGACAAAUGUGGUUUCAUUACUUAGUGGCGAAUCAUUGACUCUCCCUCAGCCAAACGGGCUUGUGGUUUCAGUAGGACAUUAUACUAAUCAAAUGAUGGCUAGUAAUUCUUCUGUAAAUGAUUUAACAACCUCGACAAUAGUUCCUAGAUAACAUUGAUGCUUAAGCACAAAGUUGUUGUAGCUAAUUGUGUUAUAUUCUUGUUAAAGAAUUGAACAUAUUGGAGUAUAUGGCCAAGCUGAUGUUAACAAACACAACAAGCACAACAACAAGCACAACCAGCAGCUUGUUACUACAUUGAUAGCUAAGUGGAUAAGCUUGGAGGAUCAAGAUGCACGGGUUAGUGACAUGAAAACAUUGUACACAGAUUGAUGACAUGUCCUAGUUUGUUAUAAGCUAUAAGAGUUACUUACACUAACUCCCUGAUCCUAAGAUCAGUCUUGUAUUUCACACUAGCACAAUCAUAUAAAAGCAGUGCAUUGUACUAGCUUCUAGUUGUAAUUACAUUAAUGCUUUUUUAAUAAAUAAAAUGACCUCUCUCUCUUAU